AUGGAACACUUUGGUCACGAUGCUUUCUACGUUAAUCUUGAAGCGUCUCCCACGCCAGGCAACAACGAAUCAGACCUGGCCGCGUACUCCGAUUGGGCAACCAAUCCAUCUUCAGCAGCUCCCGCACAAUCUUUAGCCCCGCAUGAGAACCCUAGCCAGCACAACGGCAUCGAUGGCUUCCCCUUUGGUAAUCCGGGAUCUCUUGCGUUCAUCAAUCCAAGCGUCCUCCAGCAGUCAUCUCCGCAUACCAUUCAUUCCAAUGGAGCCUUUUGGUAUUCGCAUCAUUUGGAGCCUUUGAGAAAUAUGCAUUCCGACACUUCAGACUCUUCUCGCUCCAUAUCAAGCCAGCCAAACGCUCAACAAAGCAGCGCCCUUUCUUUUGGUCGGCGCCCUUCCUCCGCCCUUUCCCCGCGCCAACACGCACCAUUCCGAGCGUCAUCUUACAAUCGACAGCCCAUGUCAACAACCGCUCAACAUCAUGAAGAUCAUGGUAGGCUACUCUCUCAGACUUUUCGAAGCCCCUUUAUUGCACAGCAAGCGAAGAUCUCACAUAAUUCUACAUUUCCAGUUAAAGGGGGAAAGAGAUCUCGCGAUCCUCCACCUCUUCCCAAUGCGGUCUCGGAUGACCCGUUGCAGCGAUCCCCCAAACUCGCUAGGCUAGGAUCCGAAGAGGAGUAUCGAGAGGAUUCCCGCCAACCCUACACCACCGACCGGUCUGAAUACGUCAAGAGCAACGCUAUGCAACCAUCCGGUCAGCAUCUACCUUGGAGGACGGAGGCGUACAAGUUGACGCACAAACAGAAGAAGUUCAUCCGGCAGUGGUUUGAAAGCUUCGCUACCGACCAGCCCCAACGGUUCCCACCCAGCGAGACGAUCAACGCUUUGGCUACGCUUGUGCAGGCGUCCCAGCAAACCGUCCUUGACUAUAUCAACAAGAAAUAUAUCACGCCGGAGACAACAGUGGCAUCAUCCAGAUUACAAGAUCCUGAGUCUCACCCUUUGGCGGAUGAUAGGCAACGUAAAGACACCUUUGCCGGCUACACCGUCAAGGACGCGAAUCGUCACCUGGCCCCAGCCACCCUCCAAUUAGUGGAGAAGUACGUCGCUGCAUGCCAACGACGUCGAGCUCAGAUCGAUGGCCGCCGUAGCGUGAAUGCAGGCCCCUUUCGAUGCACAUUCGGGUGCGGGUAUCAGACCAAACGAGCGUUCGAUUGGCGACGACACGAAGAGACACAUGAGCCGCAGGAGCUAUGGCUCUGUCUCCUUUGCUACCAGAACAACCACGAGCAAAACCCAUUUCUCGUCAAUCGAAAGGACAAGUUCCUCAAGCAUGCGAAGGAAGCGCACAAAGGCUGGGAGGCAGAGACAGUGCUCGAUAUGUCCAAGGUUGAUUUCCACGCGAACUUCAACCCGCAGUGUCCCUUAUGUCCAGAGGUAUCUCAGUCCUGGGACGAGCGGUGCCGACAUAUUUUGGGCCAUUAUGAAGACGAGAUGCAAAAUGGAUUAGGGCGGACUUCGCGGCAGCCGAAAAGUUCGGAUAUAGGCAGCUCAUCGGAUGAAGACAGGAAGGGAUUCCGUGUUCAACCUAGCUCCAGCGAUUUCCAGAACGAAGCCAAUGACCACGCAACCAGCCUGAACUCGAUCCUGGCCUCGAGGAAUUCAACAGGCCCUGCUCGUGGAGUACAAGGAGCCACACGUCGGCCUUCACAGCAGCAAAUCAGUACCAGCACAGAGGCUGAAGGAGUUCCGAGUGGUAUAAGCACGUUUGGCUCCUCCACCGAUAGCGCAUAUCCCAGUCCUUUUCGAGCCCGGCUCAGCACGCAUCGUAUCGCACCAGCUAAAGGAGGCAGCGAGCCGGCCAUCCAUUCUCCUUCCGAUGAGCAUGAACCGCCGACCCAGCAUUAA